GUGGUCCGGCGGUGCCGCAGCCAUGGCGGAGCGCGUCGAGCAGCGGCUGGAGGACCGCGUGCCGGAGCUGGAGCAGCUGGGGCGGGUCGGCCUCUUCACGCACGAGGAGAUCAGGGCUGUCCUGAAGAAGGCCACGGCUCUAGAGUACAAAAUACAGAGGAGAGCCCUUCGGAAGGAGGAUUUUAUCAAUUAUAUUCAGUAUGAAAUUAAUCUGCUGGAGCUGAUCAAGAAAAGAAGAGCGCGCACUGGAUACUCAUUUAAGAAGGAGGAAAUUGAGAGCUCUAUUAUGCAUAGGGUCCACAGCCUCUUCAAACGUGCCACUGGAAAAUGGAAAGAAGAUGUCCAGCUUUGGCUGUCACACGUUGCAUUUUGCAAGCAGUGGAAUGCAAAACAUCAGCUUAGUAAGGUGUUUUCUACUAUGUUGGCUAUUCAUCCCAAUAAACCAGCACUGUGGAUUAUGGCAGCAAAAUGGGAAAUGGAAACACGACUCUCCUCAGAAAGUGCCAGGCACUUAUUUCUGCGUGCUUUGCGCUUCCAUCCAGAGUGUCCAAAACUUUAUCAAGAGUAUUUUAGAAUGGAACUGAUGAAUGCAGAAAAACAGAGGAAGGAAAAGAAAGAACUUGAACGAGCGAAGAUGAACUUGGAGGAAUUCAAUUAUUCUGAGAAGAUUCUUAAUGGGGAAAUGGCUCACAUAAUCUACAGGGAUGCUGCUCAGAAAAUUAAAGGUGUUGAGUUCCAUCUGGCUCUACUUUCUAUUGCGAAACUCUUUGAUUUUACACAUGAUUUGCAAAAAGAAAUCCUUGAGAGUUUGCAGGCUGAAUAUGCUGAUAAUCCUCUGACAUGGGACUACAUGGCCCGUCGAGAGCUGGAGCUGGGGUCCCUGAAGUCCACAGAACCCACCACAAAACAGAUGAAAGUGUCUGAAAUGACCCAGAGAGAGGAACGUUGCUGUGCAGUCUUUGAUGAGGCUGUGACAGCAGUCCCCACAGAGGACAUGUGGAAAUGCUACAUCACUUUCUGCUUAGAGAGAUAUAACAGGAAAACCAACAGUGAAGAAUUAAAGCAAAAGAGGCUGGAGAGGACACUGAGUGUGUUCAGCAAAGCUCAUGAGUCCAGUUUGCUGCCAGAAGCUCUCUAUAAGCAGUGGCUUCAGCUGUUACUGGAGUCCAGCCUUUCUCAGAAGGCUGCAGAGGUGGCAGAAGCUGCAACUAAGCGUUUCAGCCUGUCAGUGGAAAUAUGGCAGUUGAGGCUGCAGGUGCUGAUCCAGCUGAAGAGUGACAAUGUGACCCAGUGUUUUGAAGAAGCCUUUAAGCAUGUGAAAUCUAAGGGCACUUUACCAUUAUGGACCCUCUGGGUGGAAUGGAGUGAAGUCACAAAUAGCAAGGAAGACACAGAAGCUCUCUACCAGAGGUCCUUACAUGCCGUAGCUCCUGCUGAAUCUGUGACUAUGAAAGAAAAGUAUCUCGAUUGGGCUUACAGGAGUGGUGGAUAUAAGAAAGUAAGAAGAGUCUUUACCAGCCUACAUGAAAGUCGCCCGCUUUCACUUGACUUCUUCAGGAAGAUGAUUGAAAUAGAAAAGGAGCAAGAAUCGUGCAAAAUGCUUCAUCUGAGAGAAUACUACGAACGUGCUUUGAGAGAGUUUGGUUCAGCGGAUUCUGAUCUCUGGCUGGAAUAUAUCAAAGAGGAGCUAAGUCAUCCCCAGGGCAAACCAGAAAACUCUGCGAGUAUUCACUGGCGAGCUAUGAAGAUGUUACAGGAAGAUCAGGUGGAAGACUUCAUUUCCAAGUACACUUUAUUGCAAACUGGACACAUAUGAAAAAACUAUAAAUAAUUACAGCACAACAUGGUGGAUUUAAAAAAAAAAAAAAACUUGUGUAGAAAGGUAAAUAUGUUCCUGGGUCAUAUUAAAGUGCACUUUCUUUACUGCA